UCAACCUGAAGGACUGCAUCGGUUGCCGGGCGUACCGGGAGGAUGACAACACAGACCCGGCUGCGUACUUAACCGCGUACUUCUACCCGCUUAAACGGCGCUGGAUGAGCUCCGGGGUGUCGCGGCAGAGGGCGGAGCAGUGCUUCCGGCUCUCCUCGCUCCAGGACCCGCGCGCUAACCUGGAUGAGGCGGAGAAGUGGGCUCGCGCUGUCCAGGAGCGUGCUGCACGGCAACAAUAUCUAAGAGACGGUAUGUUGAUGAGCGAGUUGUCUCGUCCAAGCCGGAUGAUGCUGCUGGUGAACCCACAGAGCGGGAAAGGACAGGCGCUCACUCUCUACAACAACCACAUCCAACGAAUGCUCAACGAGGCGGGAGUCACACACACGCUGGUCAUCACUGAACGACAGAACCACGCCCGAGAGCUGGUGAAGGAGGCUGACCUUUCGCAGUGGGGCGCUUUAGUCAUCAUGUCCGGGGAUGGACUUCUUUUUGAGGUGAUAAAUGGUCUGCUGGAGAGACCAGACUGGGAGGAGGCCAUCCGCACCCCGCUGGGUAUCCUUCCUAGUGGAUCAGGCAACGCCUUGGCUGCAUCCAUACAUCACUAUUCUGGAUCAUCGCCAGUGUCCAGCGAGGAGCUUCUGGUCAGCUGUGGCUUCCUGCUCUGUCAAGGACUCGUGGCCCGCAUGGACCUGGUCUCUAUCCACCUCUCCACCGGCCCUCGUCUUUUCUCCUUCCUCUCACUAGCCUGGGGCUUUGUGGCAGACGUCGACAUCGAGAGCGAGAAGUACCGUCAUGUUGGAGCCGCACGGUUCACCGUCGGCACGCUGGUGAGGCUGGCUUCUCUCCGCGUCUACAAGGGCAAGCUGGCUUACCUGCCCGCCACCGAGGACUACAGCAAGGAGAGCACGCCUUCUCGAAGCGACACCAAAGCCCUCGCUGGCCCGCCUGACUCCCUGCUGCUGCCUCUGGACCAGCAGCUGCCCAGCGAUUGGGUGGUGGUGCAGGAGGAAGACUUUGUCCUCAUGCUGGCCAUGUACCAGUCCCACCUGGCGGAGGACCUGCUGGCAGCACCAGACGCCACCUCAGACGAUGGCGUCAUCCAUCUGUUCUACGUCAGAGCGGGGAUAUCCCGUGCCGCGCUGCUGAAGCUGUUCCUAGCGAUGGAGAAGGGUGCACAUCUGGCUACUAACUGUCAACAUUUAGUGCACGCUAAAGUGCGGGCGCUGAGGCUGCAGCCAUAUUCACCCAAAGGGAUAAUAACAGUGGAUGGAGAGGUGGUGGAAUAUGGGCCGCUGCAGGCCGAGGUACACAGAGGCCUGGCGAGAUUAAUCACUGGAUGAACAAACAACUCUGCUUUUAAAGGCCCAAUUAACAUAUUUAAGCAUUUUAAAUCAGAAAUGUCCAGGUACAGGAGCAAAGCAAUGGAUGUACGACUCAUUCACUGUUAUCUGCAACAUUAGCCGGUACACACAAAACCCUGGUUUCAGCAGGAAAUUAUGCGAUAUUACGACAAACCAGUGUCAUGUAUGAAGUCUAAAAGUGUUCAGUAAUAAAUUAACGGGUAAAAAGUUAAUGGAAUUAAUAAUCAUAUAAAUAAAUACAGACAAAUGUUAUUGACGUUAUUGUGAAAAGACACUGUAAAAUUUCACAAUAACGCACUGUUUACCAUUCCAUUCCCUCUAUUUAUUUAAUACUGAACACUUCUUAACACUACAGCCACGGUUGAGCUUACUGUAGAUAUGUCUACAUCGAUUAACACAGAGACACAAGUUUCAUCAUCUCAUGAUGACGUGUGUGUUCAGGUUUGAUGGAAAGUAAAUCCAUCUUUGGCUUCCAGUAUCUCAUCCGGUCUCAUUUCUUCUCUGUGCUGAAGCGGACAUAUCCACCUGAAUUACAGCAUCUUCUGCAACAGCACAGGGUUCGAUUCGAUUUAUGCCUUUAUGGCUC